AUGGCUCUCUUCAAGCAUCGCGUGAAGUCGGCAAAUGCCAACACUGCGACUUCGGCGGCCCAGAAAGGUGAAAAGAAUCGUCCUGCAACGACAGCUGGUACGCGCAGAUCCUACGACAAUAACAUGCUGAACAGGCGACCAACAUUUGGACAAUGGCUCAAGGCGACAUUGUUCGAUAUCCUCACCAUGAUUGCGAUGGGCGCCGUUGGCCUUGAUAUCUAUGAAGCCCCUCCCGCACCUUCCAGAUCAUUCCCCAUCUACUAUCCCGACGGCGACCUUGUCUAUCCCGAGUUCGCAUAUCCGUUGCGCAAAGAGAUUGUCCCAAUAUGACUCGCUGCACUGUUGGCCGCCCUGGUACCUAUCGCCAUCAUUCUGUUCAUGCAGAUCCGUGUCCGCUCAUUCUCGGAUGCGAACAACGCCAUCAUUGGAUUGCUGUACAGCUUGAUCAUAGCUGCGGUCUUCCAGGUCUUCCUGAAAUGGCUCAUCGGUGGGCUCAGACCUCAUUUCCUCGCCGUACGCAAACCUGCAGUACCUUUUGGAGCUCAGCUUGGCCAUGGCUUUAACAAUCUCAUGUACGAUCGAAAGAUCUGCACCGGCGACGAGAAAGAGAUCGACGAUUCUCUCGAAUCCUUCCCCUCUGGCCACACCACCGCCGCUUUCGCUGGCUUCGUAUAUCUCUACAUCUAUCCCUCCUAA